GUUUAUACAAACACUCUUUGUUUAUGUCAAGGUUGCUCCUAUGUAAUUUGGGCGGGUUCAGUUAACCAGGAUCCAAUCUCCAAGUUACCAGUCAAACUCAGCAUCACAGAAACAAUCAGAGCAACAAGUGAAGAACACAAGAGCACCCAAUUUGUGACACCAUGGAAAGCAUAGCUGCAAUUUCACCAUCAAAACACUUUCAUCUUACACAAUCAAACACCCCCACUAACCCCUUUCUUAAAUCAAUCAAAACCCAAGUCCCAACCCAAUUCAUCACGAAAUCAACAACCCCAUUUCGAAGAUUCAUCAUAAAAAGCUCCCUAAAAGCCCAAACCAACCCAAGCCCAAAACCCCCACUCGUAGUUGUGGGAUCAGCCAAUGCUGAUAUUUAUGUAGAGAUUGAUAGACUUCCAUUAGAGGGGGAGACUAUUUCAGCCCACACUGGUCAAACAUUGGCUGGUGGGAAAGGUGCUAAUCAGGCUGUUUGUAGUGCUAAGCUUGAUUAUCCUACUUUUUUUGUGGGCCAGGUUGGGGAAGAUGCUCAUGGGAAAUUGAUCAUUGGGGCACUUGAGGAUGGUGGGGUUGGUGUUGAUUAUUUGAGUGUUGUGUGUGAUGCACCUACUGGGCAUGCUGUUGUUAUGCUCCAGCCUGAUGGGCAGAACUCGAUUAUUAUUGUUGGGGGUGCCAAUAUGAGUUGUUGGCCCGAGAGGUUGGGUGACGGUGGUUUGGAGGUUGUGAGGAAUGCUGGCAUUGUUUUGCUUCAGAGGGAGAUUCCUGAUUCUGUUAAUAUUCAAGUUGCCAAGGAAGCCAAUAGGUCAGGUGUUCCAGUCAUUUUGGAUGCUGGAGGUGCAGAUGGACCAGUACCAUCAGAACUUCUGAAUUUUGUUGAUAUAUUAAGCCCAAAUGAAACCGAGCUUGCUCGUUUAACGGGGCUGCCAACUGAAAAUUUUGAACAGAUCAGCCAAGCUGUGGUUAAAUGUCACGAACUAGGAGUUAAUAAAGUUCUUGUGAAACUUGGAGCCAAAGGGUCGGCUCUAUUCAUUAAAGGUGAAGAGCCAAUUAAACAACCAAUAAUAUCAGCUUCAAAAGUCCUAGAUACAACCGGGGCUGGUGAUACUUUUACUGCUGCUUUUGCUAUAGCUCUUGUAGAAGGAAAAUCCCAAAAGGAUUGCAUGAAAUUUGCUGCUGCAGCGGCCUCUUUGUGUGUUCAAGUGAAGGGAGCUAUUCCUAGCAUGCCUGACAGGAAAUCAGUCUUGGACCUUCUUCAGUCUGUUUGAGACUUUCCUUGAACUAAAUUAUGCGAAUUUUAGCAUAUAAAUAAGAGAGGCUUGACAUAUUAGGUACGUCAGAUAAGAAUCUGCUAAACAAGGUAAUCAUUGCUGUAUAUAUCAUAUAAACAGAAUUCUUUUGCCAUUAGGUUUCUUGUUUUCAUUCGUCUUGUUCCACCAUCCUCCUCUUUGUGUUGUUGCCAACAUAGUUCUCUCAACUGUGAUGAAGGAGAAUUAUGGUUGCACAAACUACCUUCUGGAUCCGAUACUACCAGUAGCUCUCACCCAUUCAAGGGAACUGUAAGAAGCUAGCCAGAGCCAGAUUUUAUUGGCUUUUUGUAUCUCACGAGUCAGCGUUCUCCAAUCUCCAAUAAACAAAGCUUAAGACUAGGAACUGCAUGAUACUCAGAGAACUGACCAUUUAUGUUUGUGUUUGUGUAACAAUUUCAUGAUUUUCUUCAUCUCCUAAAUAGUAUAUAACAAGAUUUUACCUCUUAAGUUUUCCGGUAUUUGGAUAUAUAUCUCAUUGUAGUUUUCGGCUA